AUGGUCUACGCCUUCACCCUCCCCACCACCUCCCAUCUCUCCUUCCAAUCCUUCCUCUCCUCCAGCACUCAUCCGUCCCUCCCUCAAUCCGCCUCCACAGCCCGUCAUGCUCUCCGCGCCGCCCUCAAGGCUCACAAACGCCUGCCCCGCGGCGCGCAACGAGACUCGCAUCUCUCGACCGUCAUAACCGCCGCCUCCGACUACCUGCCGUAUCUCCAGGCCAUCUCCGCCGGCCUCUCUGGCUCUCCAUCUCUGCAAUCCGAACCCAUCGCCGUCGCCCAACACUCCGACUUCGAAUGCGAAUGGCGCCCCACGCUCUCCUCCCCCGCCAUCCUGCCCUCCCUCCUACGCGCGAGACCCUCUCGCUCCUCCCCCUCCUCUUCCUCCGGCCGCCUGCGCCUCCCCGGCCUCGACGCCGAAAUCGCCUUCGUGAUCUCCACCCUCGCCUACGCCCUGUCCAACCUCGCCCACUCCACCGUCACCCGCUCCCUGUACGCGCCCACCACUCCAACCCCGGAGCAACGCACCGCCGCCAUCCAAACCGCCACAAAGCACCUCCUGCAAGCCUCGGCCCUGCAUGCUUCGCUCGCCGCCUCCCCGUCCGCCGGGGGGUCUCGCGCAUUCCUCUCCGUCCCGGACCUCAACCCCGGCACGCAAUCCGCGCUCUCAUCCCUCGCCCUCGCAGAAGCCACGCUCCUCGCUGUCCUCAAAGACGACUCCUACGUCGCGGCAUGCAUCCAGGCCCGCAACCCCAACGAUAAAGAUUGGAUGGUGCGCGCGCCCGAGAUCCCCAAGGUCCGCGCGCACCUGUUCGCGCGCCUGUGUCUUCGUGCCGCGGAGUAUGCGGACCAGAGCGCUGCGGCGAUGGGGGCGGUCGGUGGGGGCGGUCAGGGUCGCGCGGCCCUGGAUGAUGAGUUGUUGCGCUAUGUGCGUGUUCUGGGCCGGGUGGCGCGCGCGCGGGCGUGUCGGUUCUUCGGCGUGGAUGCGGAACUGGCGGGGAAGAUUGGGGAGGGGAUUGCGUGGUUGAGGGCGGCGAGGGGGCGUUGGCGAUGGGGACUAGGGGAUGGUCAGGAUGGAGGGAAGAGUCGGGGAUUGUCGAAGUUGAAGCAGGGGUGGAUGGAGAGGCGGGAGGAGAGGCGCAUGGAGAAGGACGCGGGGGGUCGGAGCGUUGAGAAGCUCGAGAAGGGGGACCUGGGACCGGGAGAUCAAGCGGGUAGGGAGGAGGAGGGGAGAGUCCUCGAGAUGUUGGAGGUCAAGUGGGUGAGGAUGAAUGAUACGAUCAACACGCAAUUGAUCCCUCCGUCGGCAGAUCUGCUGGCCAAUUUGCCCUCCGGACGAGAUAUCCAUUCCGCGCCGGCUCCGUACAAGCUUCCGUCGCUGGACGAGGACCGCCUGGCCGGUAUGCGCGCGCCUCCGGCCGAAGAUGACUUUGCGCCGGGCAGCGACGUCGAGGAUAGCGAUGAGGAAUCGCCGCGUGAGAACGCGCAUGCGUUCACGCCGGGAGGGCUCCCGGAGCGCAGCGAGAGCACCAGCACUUAUUACUGA